AUGCGCCUGGUAAAACCAGAUGUGGUGAAGUUUAGCCGGUCUCGGGGGUGGUCGCGGUGCUGUACGGAGCGCAAGCACACACCCAACAGCUGCGGUAACGUCUUUCAGAGGUUGGGGAAAGGGGAAAAAGGCAAAAGUCUACUCGGUAUGCACAAUUUAAUCACCAGAACAUGUCGGCCCAUAUUAUACUCACAGUUAUUUAAUAAAAGGUCGGUUUAAAAUGGGUGAAUAGCCUAUAACAAUUUGCAGCCUUUUGAACAGUCUUUAUCUAAAAUUGCGUUUUUGGGUGGGGGAGAGUGAUGGCCACCAAUUAAAUAUGAAAACAUAGCCAAGGUCUACUGCAGCACCAUCAAAACGUAAACCCAAAUCAACCCAAAUCCUGCCACAACUGUCCCCAGUAGUUUUUUUUUUUUAUCCAACCACAGUAGCCCGCAAUGUAAGCUCGUUCCUGACAGCAAAAAUAAAUAAAUCUGACUAUGAGUUAUGAGAUAGUAGCCUAAGUCAUAAUUAUGAAAUAGUAAACCAUUAUUAUGAGACAGUAAGUCAUUAUUAUGAAAUAGUAAGUCAUUAUUAUGAAAUAGUAAAUCAUUAUUAUGAGAAAGUAAGUCAUUAUUAUGAAAUAGGGAGUCAUUAUGAGAUAAUAAGUCAUAAUUAUGAGAUAUGUUUAGUCGAUCUUUAUCACAUGAAUCCAUUGUGAACUUUACAUCAGGCCCUCCUCAACUUUCAAGGAUAACCUUAUGUACAGUGCCUUCGGAAAGUAUUCAGACCCCAUGACAUUUUAAACACUUUGUUAGGUUGCGGCCUUAUUCUAAAACUGAUUAAAUUGUUUUUUUUCCCUCAUCAAUCUACACACAAUACCCCAUAAUGACAAAGCUGGGCUCCCGAGUUGCGCAACGGUCUAAGGCACUGCAUCUCAGUGCUUGAGGCGUCACUACAGACCCCCCUGGUUCGAUUCCAGGAUGUAUCACAACCGGCCGUGAUUGGGAAUCCCAUAGGGCGGUGCACAAUUGGCCCAGUGUCGUCCGGGUUUGGCCGGUGUAGGCCGUCAUUGUAAAUAAGAAUUUGUUCUUAACUGACUUGCCUAGUUAAAUAAAGGUACAAAAUAAAAGCAAAAACUGGUUUUUAGAAAUGUUCGCCAUAAAAAGGAAAAUUUUAAAAAUGUCACAUUUACAUCAGUAUUCAGACCCUUUACUCAGUACUUUGUUGAAGCACCUUUGGCAGCGAUUACAGCCUCAAGUCUUCUUGGGUAUGACGCUACAAGCUUGGCACACCUGUAUUUGGGGAGUUUCUCCCAUUCUUCUCUGCAGAUCCUCCCAAGCUCUGUCAGGUUGAAUGGGGAGCGUUGCUGCACAGCUAUUUUCAGGUCUCUCCAGACGUUCGAUCGGGUUCAAGUCCGGGCUCUGGCUGGGCCACCCAAGGACAUUCAGAGACUUGUCCCGAAGCCAUUCCUGCGUUGUCUUGACUGUGUACUUAGGGUCAUUGUCCUGUUGGAAGGUUAACCUUCGCCCCAGUCUGAGGUCCUGAGCCCUCUGGAGCAGGUUUUCAUCAAGGAUCUCUCUGUACUUUGCUCCGUUCAUCUUUGCAUCGAUCCUGACUAGUCUCCCAGUCCCUGCCACUGAAAAAUAUCCCCACAGCAUGAUGCUGCCACCACCAUGCUUCCCUGUAGGGAUGGUGCCAGGUUUCCUCCAGACGUGAAGCUUGGUAUUCAGGCCAAAUAGUUCAAUCUUGGUUUCAUCAGACCAGAGAAUCUUGUUUCUUAUGGCCUGAGAGUCUUUAGGUGCCUUUUGGCAAACUCCAAGUGGGCUGUCAUGUGACUUUUACUGAGGAGUGAUUGGUGGAGUGCUGCAGAGAUGGUUGUCCUUCUGGAAGGUUCUCCCAUCUUCAUAGAGGAACUCUAGAGCUCUGCCAGAGUGACCAUCGGGUUCUUGGUCACCUCCCUGACCAAGGCCCAUCUCCCCCGAUUGCUCAGUUUGGCCGCCAUCUCUAGGAAGAGUCUUGGUGGUUCCAAACCUUCCAUUUCAGAAUGAUGGAGGCCACUGUGUUCUUGGGGACCUUCAAUGCUGCAGACAUUUUUUGGUACCCUUCCCCAGAUCUGUGCCUCGACACAAUCCUGUCUCGGAGCUCUAUGGACAAUUCCUUCGACCUCAUGGCUUGGUUUUUGCUCUGACAUGCACUGUCAACUGUGGGACCUUAUAUAGACAGGUGUGUGCCUUUCCAAACCAUGUCCAAUCAAUUGAAUUUACCACAGGUGCACUCCAAUGAAGUAGAAACAUCUCAAUGAUGAUCAAUGGAAUCAGGAUGCACCUGAGCUCAAUUUCAAGUCUCAUAGCAAAGGGUCUGAAUACUUAUGUAAAUAAGGUAUUCCUGGGUAAAAAAAAAAAAAUACAUUUGCAAACAUUUCUAAAAACCUGUUUUCCUUUGUCAUUAUGGGGUAUUGUGUGUAGAUUCCUGAGGAUUUUUAUUUAUUUAAUCCAUUUUAGAAUAAGGCUGUAACGUAACAAAAUGUGGAAAAAGUCAAGGGGUCUGAAUACUUUCCGAAUGCACUGUAUAUCCUAUAGUCAAUCACACAUUUUGUGUGUGUGUGUGUGUGUGCAUGCGUGGUGUGUGUGUGUGUGGUGUGUGUGUGUGUGUGUGUGUGUGUGUGUGUGUGUGUGUGUGUGUGUGUGUGUGUGUGUGCGUGCAUAUGCGUGUGAGAGAGAGAGUUUGUGGUGAUAUUGUUCCAUAUUAAUAAUGGACUGGAGAGUUUUGUUGAUGUGAGUUUGUGCCUGUUUGAUGACAUUUGGUUGACAUCAAAUAUUAUUCAAUUAAAUCAAUUUAAAGGGACAAUCUGGGAUUCGUAAAUCAAUUUUUGGACUUUUAAAUUAUUAAUAUAGGGGUAGAGCUGCAGGACUAUUCAAUGUCGGUGAUCCAGACUUACUAUCUCAUAAUUAUUACUUACUAUUUCAAAAUAAUGACUUAAUAUCACAUAAUAAUGACUUAGUCUCAUAAUAAUGACUUACUAUCUCAUAAUAAUGACUUACUAUCUCAUAAUAAUGACUUACUAUCACAUAAUAAUGACUUACUAUUUCAAAAUAAUGACUUAAUAUCACAUAAUAAUGACUUAGUCUCAUAAUAAUGACUUACUAUCUCAUAAUAAUGACUUACUAUCUCAUAAUAAUGACUUACUAUCUCAUAAUAAUGACUUACUGUCUCAUAAUAAUGACUUACUGUCUCGUAAUAAUGACUUACUAUCUCAUAAUAAUGACUUACUAUCUCAUAAUAAUGACUUACUGUCUCAUAAUAAUGACUUACUAUCUCAUAAUAAUGACUUACUGUCUCAUAAUAAUGACUUACUAUCUCAUAAUAAUGACUUACUGUCUCAUAAUAAUGACUUACUAUCUCAUAAUAAUGACUUACUAUCUCAUAAUAAUGACUUGCUGUCUCAUAAUAAUGACUUACUGUCUCAUAAUAAUGACUUACUAUCUCAUAAUAAUGACUUACUAUCUCAUAAUAAUGACUUACUGUCUCAUAAUAAUGACUUACUAUCUCAUAAUAAUGACUUACUAUCUCAUAAUAAUGACUUACUAUCUCAUAAUAAUGACUUACUAUCUCAUAAUAAUGACGUACUAUCUCAUAAUAAUGACUUACUAUCUCAUAAUAAUGACUUACUAUCUCAUAAUAAUGACUUACUAUCUCAUAAUAAUGACUUACUAUCUCAAAACAUAGUCAGAUUUUUGGGGGGGUUGGCGGGAACGGGUUCCAUAGCCUGCUGUCUAUGUUUAAAAUACAGCAGAGAGCAUAUUUUAGCCACAGAGGAUCAAUCGUUUCUAAGAAGCCACCCAAGCCAUAGACUGACUGUUCACUCUGCUACCAUCACGCAAACGGUACCGGAGCAUCGGAUAUUGGACCAACAGGCUCCAAGACAGCAAACGGUACCGGAGCAUCGGGUCUCGGACCAACAGGCUCCGAAACAGCUUCUACCCCUAAGCUAUAAGACUGCUAAAUAGACAGACUGCUAAAUAGUCAGGGGACUUGUACCCAACCGAAGCGGCAUGGCUCGGUCUGGCACGGACCCUGGGCACACGCCCGGACGAGAGACACACUUAUAGAUACACGUCCCUAGACGGAGAGAGACACACGAGAGAGACACGCACGAGGACGAGAGAGACACAUCGGGAGAGGACACGCACUGAUAUCGAGAGAGUACACACGAGAGCGACACACGACACUAAAACACACCACUAUUAAAUAAAACCCCUAAUAACACUCAUAACUUAUACAAACUAUAAUACACUCACUAUACUAAUAUAACCUAUAUAACACUCACUAUACAUAAACACACUAUAACACACACUCACCCUUUUUUUAAAAAAAAUUUUCACCUUAACAUCCCAAAUAUUAACCACUUUUAACCCCACUAUUAAACCCUAAAUAAAAUACACACUCACUAACUAUAUUAAAUUUAACAUCCUAGACUAUAAUACAACUAUAUUAACUAACACCUCACAACUUUUAAAUUUUCCUCAUAACUAUUAGGAACAAAUUUUACCCUCCUAAAUAUUAUAACACCCAUAUAUACCUAAACACACUCCUAGACUAUUAUACCACUAUAAUAAAAACCACUAGACUAUAUAUCACACUAUAUUACACUAAAAAAAUAAAAGACUAUUUCCCCAACAUAAUAACUCACUAGAAAAUUAACAAUAUAAACCAAUUAAAACCCAAUAAUUCACACUCACAGACUAUAUAUCACCAAAAAUUAAACCUACUAGGAUUAAAAUUACCACUUUUUACACUAAAAUACACACUCACUGGGUUUUAAAACAUUUUACAUCAUGAAUAUAUAACAAAUUUUAAACCCCCUUUUUUCCCCCUUCCAAAAUAUGACUAUAUUUUUAAACCUUUUUUCCUUUAAAAAACAACUAUUUGAAAUAAACUACCACUAUAUAUUUUCCACUAAAUUUUCAACCAAGUUUUCCCUUUUAAUACAGACAAAACAACAAAACACCAAAAAAAUAAAUACCAAUAAUACCACCCAAAAUUUUCAAAAAUUCCCACAACUUAAUAAAAAUAUAUAUACCUUUUAAAAAAAACAACAAAACCCUAAACACACUACUAAUUAUAACCCUAUAUUAAAAACUCCCCAAAUAUAAACACAAAAUACACCAUAAUAUAAUAUACACCCAAAUAUAUUACACAAAAAAACUAAAAUAUUAACACCUUUUUACACUCACUAACAUAUAUCCACUAUAUACACUCACUAACAUAUAUCACCUUAUAACACAAAAACACAAUCACAAACUAUAUUAUCCACUAUAUAACAAAAAAAUAACAAAAAUUUUAAAACCAUAACUUAUUACCCCUAAAACACUCCUAACAUAUAUACACCCAUAUAUACCUAAAUACACAACUCACUAGACUAAUAUACACACUAUAAACAUCAUAACUAUAUAUACACACUAUUACCCCACUCACAAUUUUUUACCAUAUAUAACACCCACUAAAUAUAUUACCACUUUAUAUACCACAUCACAUUAUAUAUACCCUAUAUAUACCCACUAAUAAUUUUACACACUAUAUUACACAUCAUAUAAUUUUUAAAACCUUAAAACACUCACUAAAACAUAUAUCAAAAACCCAUAAAACACUAAAACCACUCCUAGCAUAAUAAACUUUUAUACACACUAUAAAUAUAUAAACAUAAAUACACCCAAACAAUAUACACAUUAUAAACCCUCCUAACUAAUAUAACACUAUAUCACACUCAAAGUAUAUAUCCCCCACUAUAUCCCACUCACUAUAUUUUUCCCCAUAUAAACCCACACCCCUAACUUAUAUACACAUAUAUACCCUAACUAAUAUAUAUCACACUUAAAAAAACCCCACUAACAUUAUACCCACAUAUAACACUACUAGAAAAUAUCAACUAUAAACCUCCUAACAUUAUACCAAAAAUUAACACUCACUAACUAUAAUUUCACACUAUAUAAAACUAAAUACCACUAUAACUUAAUUAUCCCCUAAUACACAUCCUAACUAAAACCACUAUAACAUACUGGGUAUAUAUACACAAAAACCCCCCAAUACUAUAUAAAACCCCAUUAAAUCAUAACCCCCCAAAAAACUAAAAAACACUCACUAACUAUAAACAACCCCCUAUAUAAAACCACAACAAUAACACACUAUUUCACCCUUUCUAAAACACACAAAUUCCUAAAAACACACUACUUUAAAAAUUUUACACCUAUUACACACCACAACUUAUCCACUAAAACCCACUCACAAAUUAUUAAAACACAAACCUCCUAAUUAAACACACUAUUCCCUCCAACUAAAACACAUUAAUUCAUCCAAGUAAAAAAACAUAACCCCCACUACAAUUCCUUUCCCUACUGCUAAUUAAAACUAUAUUUAAAAAACCCCCAGACAUUAUACCCAUAACACCCAAACUUUAAACCACUUUUCCUCCCCCCAUAACACACAAAAACACUAAAAACCCCAAAACCCCAACGUAACCACAUUACACCCCACUAAAAUUUCCCUAUUACACACUCAUAAAAUUUUAACACACUUAACACCACUAAAAAUAACACACAAAACACACUCACUAACUUUAACCAAUAAUACACCACACUAAAACAAUAUAUAACACUUAACCCACAACAAUUUAAAAAAUAACCCCACCACUUGAUAAUCAACUAAAAACCACUACAUACCACUAAAUUCCCCCUGCUUUUUUAAAAACUUCCCAAAAAUUUAACAAUAUUACAACCCCCACCCCCAAACUAAUUAAACACACAAAACCCUCCUCCAAAACCCCAAAACCCCCCCACAACUAACCCACCUCUAUUUUUUUUCAAACCCACUAUAAAUACCCCUUUAAAUUACCAUAUUAUAAACGUAUUUAAUCCUAUUACAUUAACCUUUUAUAAAACACUCAAAACUAUAAUUUCCACCCAUAUACAACAAAAACUCAAUACUUUUAUACACCUAUUUCACCCCCUUUAAAAACACCUAUUACAAUAUCUUAAAACCUAUUAAACUCACUAGAUUUAACCCCUUUAACUACAUUAAACCUUUUAAAACACUACUACAUUACCCAAAGUUAAAAACCCCAAAAACCCAUUUAACAUUCCUACCCUAAUACCCUUAAACAUUUCCAAAUCCAAAAAAUAUCCCCUUCCCUUCCCUUUAUUUAUUUACAUUGUUUUUCAUUUAACCUCCCUUAAAACAUUUACCCCAAUAUUUUAACCCCUUUCCAAACCCCUAUAUUUACCCUUACCCCCUCAUUUACAUAUACCCCAAAACCAUUUACCAUUUUAAACCCAUACUUUUACCUUUAAAUCCCAUUAAAAUUUCCCAAAAAUUUUAAUCCCAAGUAUUUCCCCUUUUAAAAUUUACCUUUCAAAAACCUUUUAAACCCCAACUUCCCAAACCCCCCCUUUAAAAACCAUUCCUCCCUUUUAUUUUUAACCAUCCAAAAAAAUUUUCACCUUUUCCUACUCUAAAAAACACCAUUGGUUUUCCCUUUUUACAUUCCCAAAAAUUCCCAAAAUUAACAUUUUUUUUUUUUUUUUUUUUUUUUUUUUUUUUUUUUUUUUUUUUUUUUUUAAAAAAAAAAAAAAAAAAAAAAAAAAAAAAAAAAAAAAAAAAAAACCAAAGGGGGGGGGUUUAAAAAUUUUUUAAAAAACUCGGAAGGUAACAAACAACCCCACGGCCCCCUUCUACCUCAAAUAUCUAGUCAAAUAUUAAUUCCUGAUGCCUAGUCACUUUCCCUGCCUUCAUGUACAUAUCUACCUCAAAUACCUUUAUUAUCUAUCCUGAUGCAUAGUCACUUUACCCUGCCUUAGUACAUAUCUACUCACCUUAAACCUAUGCCUGUCAUUAUUCAUGUAUACCUAUACUUAUACACUUUAGUCACUUACCCUCUUCAUGUACAUAUCUACCUCAAAUACCUUAUUAUUAUCGUAUCCUGACCCUGCCUAUGUACACUUUACCCAUAUACUACUAGCCUGUCCUUACCCUGCUCAUGUACAUAUCUACCUCAAAUACCUUAUUUAUUAUCUAUCCUGAUGCCUAGUCACUUUACAUUUAAACAUUUAAUUUAGUCAUUUAGCAGACGCUCUUAACCAGAGCGACUUACAGGAGCAAUUAGGUUAAGUGCCUUGCUCAAGGGCACAUUAACGUCAUUUAGCAGACGCUCUUAGCCAGAGCGACUCACAAAUUGGUGCGUUCACCCUAUAGCCAGUGGGAUAACCACUUUACAAUUUGGGGGGGGGGGGGGGGGGGGUUGAAGGAAUACUUUAGCCUAUCCCAGGUAUUCCUUAAAGAGGUGGGGUUUCAAAUGUCUCCGGAAGGUGGUGAGUGACUCCGCUGUCCUGGCGUCGUGAGGGAGCUUGUUCCACCAUUGGGGUGCCAGAGCAGCGAACAGUUUUGACUGGGCUGAGGGGGAGCUGUGCUUCCGCAGAGGAAGGGGAGCCAGCAGGCCAGAGGUGGAUGAACGCAAUGUCCUCGUUUGGGUGUAGGGACUGAUCAGAGCCUGAAGGUACAGGGGUGCCGUUCCCCUCACUGCUCCAAAGGCAAGCACCAUGGUCUUGUAGCGGAUGCGAGCUUCAAUUGGAAGCCAGUGGAGUGUGCGGAGGAGGGGGGUGACGUGAGAGAACUUGGGAAGGUUGAACACCAGACGGGCUGCGGCAUUCUGGAUGAGUUGUAGGGGUUUAAUGGCACAGGCAGGGAGCCCAGCCAACAGCGAGUUGCAGUAGUCCAGACGGGAGAUGACAAGUGCCUGGACCAGGACCUGCGCCGCUUCCUGUGUAAGGCAGGGUCGCACUCUCCGAAUGUUGUAGAGCAUGAACCUGCAGGAGCGGGUCACCGCCUUGAUGUUGGCGGAGAACGACAGGGUGUUGUCCAGGGUCACGCCUAGGCUCUUCGCACUCUGGGAGGAGGACACAGCGGAGUUGUCUACCGUGAUGGCGAGAUCAUGGAACGGGCAGUCCUUCCCGGGGAGGAAGAGCAGCUCCGUCUUGCCAGGGUUCAGCUUGAGGUGGUGAUCCGUCAUCCAUACUGAUAUGUCUGCCAGACAUGCAGAGAUGCGAUUCGCCACCUGGUGAUCAGAAGGGGGAAAGGAGAAGAUUAGUUGUGUAUCGUCAGCGUAGCAAUGAUAGGAAAGGCCAUGUGAGGAUAUGACAGAGCCAAGUGACUUGGUGUAUAGGGAGAAAAGGAGAGGGCCCAAAACCGAUCCCUGGGGGACACCAGUGGUGAGAGCACGUGGUGCGGAGACAGCUUCCCGCCACGCCACUUGGUAGGAGCGACCGGUCAGGUAGGACGCAAUCCAGGAGUGAGCCGCGCCGGAGAUGCCCAUUUCGGAGAGGGUGGAGAGGAGGAUCUGAUGGUUCACAGUAUCAAAGGCAGCAGACAGAUCUAGAAGGACAAGAGCAGAGGAGAGAGAGUUAGCUUUAGCAGUGCGGAGAGUCUCUGUGACACAGAGAAGAGCAGUCUCAGUUGAAUGACCAGUCCUGAAACCUGAUUGGUUUGGAUCAAGAAGGUCAUUCUGAGAGAGAUAGCAAGAGAGUUGGCUAAAGACGGCACGCUCAAUAGUUUUGGAAAGAAAAGAAAGAAGGGAUACUGGUCUGUAGUUGUUGACAUCAGUGGGGUCGAGUGUUGGUUUUUUGAGAAGGGGAGUAACUCUCGCUCUCUUGAAGACGGAAGGGACAUGGCCAGCGGUCAAGGAUGAGUUGAUCAGCGAGGUGAGGUAGGGGAGAAGGUCACCGGAGAUGGUCUGGAGAAGGGAGGAGGGGAUGGGGUCAAGCGGGCAGGUUGUUGGGCGGCCUGCAGUCACAAGUCGCAGGAUCUUAUCUGGAGAGAGAGGGGAGAAAGAAGUCAAAGCAUAGGGUAGGGCAGUGUGAGCAGGACCAGCAGUGUCAUUAGGCUUAACAAACAAGGAUCGGAUGUCGUCAACCUUCUUUUCAAAGUGGUUGACGAAGUCAUCCACAGAGAGAGAGGAGGGGGGGAGGGGGGGGGGGGAGGAUUCAGGAGGGAGGAAAAUGUGGCAAAGAGCUUCCUAGGGUUAGAGGCAGAUGCUUGGAAUUUAGAGUGGUAGAAGGUGGCCUUAGCAGCAGAAACAGAUGAAGAAAAUGUAGAGAGGAGGGAGUGAAAAGAUGCCAGGUCGGCAGGGAAUUUAGUUUUCUUCCAUUUCCGCUCCGCUGCCCGGAGCUCUGUUCUGUGAGCUCGCAAUGAGUCAUCAAGCCACGGAGCUGGAGGGGAGGACCGAGCCGGCCGUGAGGAUAGGGGACACAGAGAGUCAAAGGAUGCAGAAAGGGAGGAGAGGAGGGUUGAGGAGGCAGAAUCAGGAGAUUGGAGGGAGAAGGAUUGAGCAGAGGGAAGAGAUGAUAGGAUGGAAGAGGAGAGAGUAGUGGGAGAGAGAGAGCGAAGGUUGCGGCGGCGCAUUACCAUCUGUGUAGGGGCGGAGUGAGUAGUGUGGGAGGAGAGUGAGAGAGAAAAGGAAACAAAGUAGUGGUCGGAGACUUGGAGGGGAGUUGCAGUGAGAUUAGUAGAGGAGCAGCAUCUAGUGAAGAUGAGGUCAAGCGUAUUGCCUGCCUUGUGAGUAGGGGGGGACGGUGAGAGGGUGAGGUCAAAAGAGGAGAGGAGUGGAAAGAAGGAGGCAGAGAGAAAUGAGUCAAAUGUGGACAUAGGGAGGUUGAAAUCCCCCAAAACUGUGAGGGGUGAGCCAUCCUCAGGGAAGGAACUUAUCAAGGCGUCAAGCUCAUUGAUGAACUCUCCAAGGGAACCUGGAGGGCGAUAGAUGACAAGGAUAUUAAGCUUAAAUGGGCUAGUGACUGUGACAGCAUGGAAUUCAAAUGAGGAGAUAGACAGAUGGGUUAGGGGAAAAAUUGAGAAUGUCCACUUGGGAGAGAUGAGGAUUCCUGUACCACCACCCCUCUGACCAGAUGCUCUCGGGGUAUGCGAGAACACAUGGUCAGACGAGGAGAGAGCAGUAGGAGUAGCGGUGUUUUCAGUGGUGAUCCAUGUUUCCGUCAGCGCCAGGAAGUCAAGGGACUGGAGGUUGGCAUAGGCUGGGAUGAAGUCAGCUUUGUUGGCAGCAGAACGGCAGUUCCAGAGGCUGCCUGCGACCUGGAACUCCACGUGGGUGGUGCGUGCAGGGACCACCAAAUUGGAGAGGCAGCAGCCACGCGGUGUGGUGCGUUUGUGUAGCCUGUGCAGAGAGGAGAGAACAGGGAUAGGCAGAGGCAUAGUUGACAGGCUGUAGCAAAUGGCUACAAAAAUGCAGAGGAGAUCGGAAUGAAAUGGGCUAAGCAUCUGGGAGUGGAGAGAGCAGGGCCUCCCUCACCAAAUCUUCUAGCUCGGAAACUAAAAUUGUUUCACUGAACCACCCGAACAAAAACUCUCCCAACUUCCGCCUUUGGAAAUCAGAAUUGUUGUGAACCACAGCGGUUCAAUGUUUAAAGGAGUAGACUCAACCCACUUUGUUCAGCUAGCCAACUAUGACUCCAUAGCCAACUAGCAGACUAGCAUCCAAUAACAAUAACACACCGUUUAGCGCCAACACUUGGUCACAACAAACCACCAAUAUUGUGAUAUCACACUAAACAGAUCAUUCGUGUCUGUGUCAAGUUCCUUAUAUGACGCAGCAAUGAUUAGACGUUGGCUAGCUAGGACAAGUAAAUUGUGGUUAACUACUACAGUACAGCCAAAUGGUCAUGUUGGGUAGCUAGCAAUGGCCACUGUGUCGACUCUGUUUGAAGAACGGCUAGCUAGCUAACCCUCUCACGUCCUCUCCCGUCAGCUGCAGCACGAUGUACAUGCCUUCAUGUACAUAUCUACCUCAAAUACCUUAUUAUUAUCUAUCCUGAUGCCUAGUCACUUUACCCUGCCUUCAUGUAUAUAUCUACCUCAAAUACCUUAUUAUUAUCUAUCCUGAUGCCUAGUCACUUUACCCUGCCUUCAUGUAUAUAUCUACCUCAAAUACCUUAUUAUUAUCUAUCCUGAUGCCUAGUCACUUUACCCUGCCUUCAUGUAUAUAUCUACCUCAAACACCUUAUUAUUAUCUAUCCUGAUGCCUAGUCACUUUACCCUGCCUUUAUGUAUAUGUCUACCUCAAAUACCUUAUUAUUAUCUAUCCUGAUGCCUAGUCACUUUACCCUGCCUUCAUGUACAUAUCUACCUCAAAUACCUUAUUAUUAUCUAUCCUGAUGCCUACAUUUACUUUUUAGUCAUUUAGCAGACGCUCUUAUCCAGAGCGACUUACAGUUAGUGAGUAAAUACAUUAUUUUUUUAUUUUUCAUACUGGUCCCCCGUGGGAAUCAAACCCACAACCCUGGCGUUGCAAACGCCACGCUCGGCAGGGAUGUAGCUCAGUUGGUAAUAAGAGUGUCUGCUAAAUGACUCAAAUGUAAUAAUAUUCAUCAUUGCUGCUGUCUAAGCACCUCAGCCUCCACCUGCACCAACGUUCACUCUCACUAAGGGUUUAAACCCCCUUCACUAAUAUUGCACCUUGCACAUAUCACUGUUAAAUAAAGAGUAUUUUCAGCUUGUACCCCUUGCCACGGAUCAGUAUUCUCAUCACGUCUCCUGUCAGUAACUGUCAACGAGGAAGCUAAUGAUCCACUCAAAUGUAAACAUACCGAGGGGGGGGGGGGGGGGGUCUUGUCCUAUGUACAUGUAAUGACGUGGGCAGAAACUCCUCAUACUCGACAGCAACAAGACGGAUGUCAUUCUCAUCGGCUCCAAGUCCACUGUCAACCUCAGCAUCACCGUAGACGGUUUCCCCGGACCCUCUGUCAACUCAUGUCAAAAGCCUCGGUGUCACCCUGGACAGAACCCUGUAAACAUCUCCAGGCUCCACCCCCAAACCGAACCCCUCUCCUUUCUCUCCAUGCCUUCCUUCGUCACCUCCCGACUGGACUACUGCAACCCCUUCCUUACUGGUACCCCCCACCAAACUCAUCGAUGGACUCCAACUGGUUCUGAACUCCACUGCCAGAAUCCUCACCCACACCAGAUCAACUGA